AUGCUGAGGUUAUUCCUCACCCUUGCCCUUGGCGUUGGCUUGCUCGGGUACGUGGAAGCUCAGACCUCAAGACCACAACUAAGUGGUUACUUCACAUUUCUGCGGUACCGAAACCAAGCUUGCGAGGGCAAGUACGGCCAGAAUGGCACCUGCGUGACCGAGCAGGAGUGUGGUGCCAAGCAAGGUACCGACAUCGGACGCUGUGCUGAAGGAUACGGCGUUUGCUGCCGAGUAAGCUUCACUUGUAACAUGGUGAGUGCGGCCAACGAAACGGAGUUUGUGAACCCGAGCUACCCGAGCGGAGAGGUGGGCACCGGCACCUGCGAGGUGACCAUCACCAAGACGCCGGAUAUCUGCCAGCUGAGACUGGACUUCCUCGAGUUCAGCCUGGCACCUCCAGACGAUCAGGGCCUCUGCAACGUGGACUCCUUCAUGGUCAGGACAACGGUGGGAGAGAACCUGCCCCAGCUGUGCGGCGAAAACAACGGGCAGCACCUGUACGUCGAGAUGGGCAGGCAGUCUGGAAACCCUGUGGUGCUCAGCGUCAUCAGCCGAGGGGGCAAGCGGCCGAGAAGGUGGAGGAUUAAGAUCAGCAUGAUCCAGUGCGGAAGUCUGGAUAUUGUACCUCCCGGUUGUCUGCAGUACUUCCGCAGUCCCAGCGCUGUGGUGCGCAGCUUCAACUACGGUCCUCCGGUCGAGAGCAAAGUGCGGUACCUCAGCGGGCUCCGUUACUCCAUCUGUCUACGAGUCGAAGAGAACUUCUGCUCCAUCAAGUGGGAAACCGAAACCAACUCGUCGUUCUCCUGGGGCCAGCCCACCUACGAGGAGAACGUGGUGGCCUGUAGGGACGACUUCAUCACCGUCGACCAGGGAUCCACGUACGGCAUGGGGCCCGGAGAGGACAGGUUCUGUGGCACGCGGCUUCACGAAAAGAACGUGCUCAUCUCCCACAGCAAGCCGUUCAUGCUAAGGGUCAAGUCUAACAUGGAUGCCGUGAUGAAUUCCCAAGAGAACCAGAACGGCUUUUCGCUUCGAUAUACUCAGCUGCCGUGCGUCGAUUGA